AUGAUGGACACGGACGCCAUGAAGAUGGAGCAGAUGAUGGAAGUCUCCAAGUCGGGUGUCUUCUUCGACCCGUCCUUCUCGACGCCCUUCCCCGGCUUUCAGAACUUCAACCCGCCACUCCAGUCGCUCCAUCCCCAGUUCAACCUGCACAACGAGGUGCAGGAGCCCGACUCGCCCGGCUCCACCUCCACCAACAACUCGCUGCACGGGCAACGCGACGGGUUGGCGGUGCUGAACCACCUGAAACACUCGCCGAACCUGCUGCAAACCCAGCUGCAGGAUCAUCAGAUGGGCCAAUCGGCGGCCGCCAAAAAGCAGCAGCUGGAGGACUCGCGCGUGAAGCGGCCAAUGAACGCGUUCAUGGUGUGGAGCCGGGGGCAGCGGCGGAAGAUGGCCACCGAGAACCCGAAAAUGCACAACUCCGAGAUCAGCAAACGCCUCGGGCAGGAGUGGAAGGAGCUUAGCGAGGCCGACAAGCGGCCCUUCAUCGACGAGGCGAAACGCCUCAGGGCCAUCCACAUGAAGGACCAUCCCGACUACAAAUAUCGCCCACGGAGAAAGAGCAAGACCCAGGGCAAUGUGCAGAAGAAAGUGAUGACUGCGAACGCGCACGCAGCCCAGCAUUUGCAAUUUGACGCGCUGAAACAUCAAAAUGUGAGUAUUGGAAAAUUCUUGUUUUUCUUCGAUUUCUGGAGCCUUGAAAAGAGAUUUACCUAAAAAUUUAGAGAUAAUAGAUUGGUGUGGUAACUUUUUUUAUAUGAUUUUACACCCGCUUUUACCGAAAAAACCACCCAAAAAGUUUUUCCCCAAACUUUUUUAAUUUGUUUUCUACCGUAAUCGGGAACCAAUUUUUUCGAGUCCAAUUCUUGGCCUCCCAUGGCGGCCUCUCUCUUUAAUCCAUUUAAAAAAGUUUUUGGUCCGAAAAAGUUUUGGAAAUUAGUUAGAUUACGCACAUAUGGCAUUACUUUUCGAUUCGGCUGGGUAAUUAAGGAAAUUGGGCCGACAAAAGUCGAAAAAACUCGAAAUUCGCUCGGAAAUUCGGAUUUUUUUCGGCACAAAAUAUACUGUAGAUUGAAGACGGAGCCCACAGGGACCAAAUUUUUCAAACUCUGCUACAAUUUUACACGAAAAAAUUGGAGUGAAAUUGAAGUACUUUUUUGAUGACUAAAGCAUAUUGAUCAUCAAAAUUUUCAGUUCUCCGCCUACCCGAACGCCUGGAACAACCUCCAAACCCCAACGACAGCGGCCAACUACGAUUUCGGAAUGUAUUAUAACCUCGCGAACCAUUACCCUCAGGCGGGCAGCCCCGUGAAUGGGUACUUCCAUCAACAACAACAACAGCAGAACCAGAAUGCACAUCAGCAGAAUCAGAUGGCCCAGUUGGAGAUGAAUCAGAAUGGAUUCACAACAGCAUUGUCGCUGAAAUCACCGGGUAAGAGGGGCGAUUUUUUGAGGGGAAAAUUUUUAGGAUUUUUUUACAUGUUUUCCUAAAAAUUUUUCUAAAAAAAUUAAAAAACGUUGAGCAAAAAUGAUAAAUAUUGAGUUUUUAUACUACUCCUUUUGAAUGGCAUCAACUUCAAAAUCAAUAUGCAAAUGCUUACUGUAUUUUUUACAUUUACGUUUUGAUCCAUAAUUACGGAUGAAAAACGUCAAAAUUUAUGAAUCUUUCAAAAAAGCCCCUAAAAACAUCAAAACGUAAUUUUUGACUAACUUCCUCCAAUUUCAGGCAACACCGACGACUCCACCGCGCCCCCAUCCGCCUCCUCCAACUCGUCCUCGAACACGGUGCAGCCGCAGAACGCGCCCACACAGCCCGCGCUGCCGGCCGGCCUCUUCGACGCGCCCGACUUCUUCGCCCCCAACUACGCUGCCAUGAUGGGCUACACCGGCCUGAAUUGCUUCGAUGGCAUGAACGGACUCCAACAACAGCUGCACCAUCAACAAUUACAGUAA